CUCUCUUUUGUUCUGGUUUCUUCUUCCUCUUUCUUUCUCUCUUUCUGUUUCUUCUCCAUUCUUUCUCCUCUCAAUUCUUCUCCAAACCCAUCUCUUAGAUUCCUAACUCCAAACUCACGGCAACAAGAACGGCAGGUCGGCAACGAGUACGUCGACGAGUACGCCGACGAUCUUUCUCCUCAUUUCUUCCCCAAACCUAUCUCUUAGAACCCUAGUCCCAAACUCACGGCAACAAGGACGGUAAGUCGACAACGAGGACGGCGACGAGUACUGCUUUAAGGCAAGGAGGCGAGGAGUGGUUACUUUCCAUAGAUGAGUGAUAGCUGGGCAGUCACUCACGCCUUUCACGUAGCUUAUCCGUUGCCAGAGAAACUAAGUAAGAAGAAAGAGAGUAGGUAGGAUGAAGUACUACUCUUCCUUCCAUUUGCUUCUCUCUUUGCUUCUCCUUAUCAACGCUACUGCCUCUUCACAAUCCAUCAUCAAUACCCUGCCCGGAUUUCAUGGAACCCUGCCCUUCAAGCUCGAAACCGGAUAUAUUGGCGUGGGAGAAGAAGAUGAAGUGCAGCUGUUUUACUAUUUCAUUGAAUCAGAAAAUGACCCGCAAACAGAUCCCCUGAUACUAUGGCUCACAGGGGGACCGGGUUGCUCCGGUUUUUCCGGGCUGGUUUAUGAGAUUGGUCCAUUAGCUUUUGAUGUUGAAGCUUUCGAUGGAAGCUUUCCUUCUUUCAUUACAAAUCCGUAUUCAUGGACAAAGGUUGCUAACAUUAUAUUCAUAGACUCGCCUGUCGGAACUGGAUUCUCCUACGCCACUACUUCACAAGCCUAUAAUACCUCCGACACUAAAUCCGUCGAACAUAAUUACUUGUUUCUGAGGAAGUGGUUGUCGAAUCACCCAGAGUUUGUGAAAAAUCAUCUGUACAUUGCCGGUGACUCUUAUGGAGGCAAAAUCGUUCCCAUGGUAGCUCUGGAAAUAGCGAAAGGUAAUGAAGCUAGAAUUGAGCCACGGAUAUUAAUCCAAGGGUACAUUGUCGGCAAUUCAAGGACAGAUCCAAAUAAGGAUGAAAACGAGAAGCUUCCUUAUGCUCACAGGAUGGCGCUCGUUUCAGAUGAAUAUUUUGAGCUAGCAAAACGCAACUGUAAUGGAGAGUAUGUGAGUCCUGAUCCAGAUAACAUAGGAUGCCUUUACGCUCUUCAACUUGUCAAUGAGUGUACGAGUCGUGUCGAUGAAGCGCACAUUCUGGAGCCGAAGUGCAAAUUCAUGUCACCAAGACCUAGCGUUUCUCGGUCGCCCCAACUAUUCCUAGAAGAUGAUCCAGUUGACCUCCUUUCCUUGUCCAAACAAGAGAAACCAUGGUGUCGUAACUAUAAUUAUGUCUCCUCUUAUGUCUGGGCAAACAAUGAAACUGUCCAAGAAGCUCUUCAAAUCAGACAGGGAACAAUAAGUGAUUGGAAAAGAUGCAAUAGGAGCUUAUCCUAUGAACAAGAUGUAUUAAGUGUUUCCAAACAUCAUCAACUUCUCAGUGACAAAGGCUUUCAAGCCUUGGCAUACAGCGGUGAUCACGACAUGAUUGUACCUUACAUGAGCACUUUGAAAUGGAUACGCGAUUUAAAUCUGACCCUCGACGAGGAUUGGAGGCCUUGGACUGUCGACGGUCAAGUUGCAGGAUACACAAUGAAAUACAAGAACAAUCAAGCAGAACUCACUUUUGCCACAGUAAAGGCAAGAACAAAGUUGGUGCAGGUCAUACGGCUCCAGAGUACAAGCCCAAACAGUGUCUUGCCAUGAUCAAAAGGUGGUUAUCUUUAUAUCCACUGUAGGUAUUUUGAACAUCGUUAGUUUAUUCUUAGUUGCGCAUGGCUUCGAGAUAUUUAAAGAAUGCUAGUGAUAAGCAUGUGCGUCACACGUGAGUUGUACUAGUUUAAUUACAUUGUUGCACUAUAAAUAAUAAUUUAAAUUUAUAAAUAAAAAUAUAUCUAGACUAUA